CUCACCAUGUACACAGUAGCUAUUGCAAUAAAACAAAUAUACAAAGUUCCUCUUGAUGCCUAUAGUCCCAUAGGACACAGGCUGAGUGCUUUUCUGAUAGGGAGAUCAAGCAGUAUUAUUAAAGGUAUUUAUGUACGUUUAGAGAUUAUUGAUGCUGAUUACCUGGGACAAAUUCAUGCUAUGGUAUCUGUUAGUGAACCCCCUGUUAUCAUUCUGAAAGGCAUUGCUCAACUUGAUGCCUUUGUGAGUUGUGUUCCAAAUACAGUGAACCGGAGUGGUGGCACAGGAGGUUUUGGAUCUACAGGAGCACCUCGAGUAUUUUGGACUCAGAAAGUGACAGAGAAAUGUCUGGAAAGAACAUGUGUCAUCACAGCCAAGGGACAUCAUGCAGAGACUAUAACAAUAACAGGAGCUCCAUCACACAUAAAGACAGAUAAUGGCCCAGCCUAUGUUUCUCAAAAGCUGCAAAUGGUUUUCUGUAUUUGGGGCAUUGAUCAUUCUACAGGUAUCCCCCAUGCCUCUAUGGGCCAAGCAAUCACUGAAACAGCACAUGGCGUUCUUAAGCUCCAAAAUGAAAAACAGAAAGGGGGAAUGCAACAGGAACCCCCUCAAGUGAGAUUAGAUAAGGCAGUUUAUGUCUUAAAUUUUUAAAGUCCCUUGCCUGAUUCACAGUUGUCUCCUAUUUUCUAUCAUUUUUCCUCUCUGAAUUCUAAACAAUCAGACCUUGGUAGAAAUACUAAGGUGUGGGUUAAAGAUUUACUUACUGGAGUGUGGUCUGGUCCCAUGGAAUUAAUAACUUGGGGAAGGGGAUAUGUUUGUGUUUUGAGAGACAAUGGCCCUGGUUGGGUUCCUGCUCUCUGUAUCAAGCCUUACCUAGAGCGUGCAAAAAUGAACAGGAUGGAUGGUCCUACAGCCAAAGCAGAACAUGUGGAUGACACUGGCUGAGACCAUACAUCAGGAUAAGUUGUGUUUGUGAAUUUAUCAGGUUGUAACAAAUUAAAUCACAGGAGUGGUUUAGAUUUUAAAGAAAGAAUUAUUCACUUAUGGGUGGAUGAAUAAUGGGAAUAGUUAAGUAGUUUCUUUGUAGGGUGGGCCAUCACUGUAUGGUUAAAAGCAUGGUUAAGAAUUGGAUUGUCAAUUUUGCUGGUGAUUAUAAUUGUUGUUUUGUAUCUCCCUUGUUUGCCUGGAUUUCUGCAAAGGGCUCUGCAGAAAUCCUUGGCAGCUGUGUUUGCUGCUCAAAUACAAAGAAAAUAGGGAACUGUGGCUGAGGGUCAGAUGAAAGAGUUAACAGAAAGAAGAAGCCAACAGGAUUCCUGUGUGUCUGUGAGGAGAAAGAAGACAAAGGUAGAGGAAAACAAAGAACAUCUGUGCUUCGAGAAACCAUGGAAAAACAAGAUCUAUCUGUAUUUUGGAUUUUUGGGGAUAUUUUCUCAAAACAGUGCUUCCACCAAUGGACUUGAGGGGUGGUGUGGUGAUGGCCAAUGGAAUGGGGUGCACUAUGGGGUGAGAAGGGGAUGAAAACGCUGUGUGCAGGCACAAUAAAGGCUUGGAUGAAGUUUCUUAUGGA